UCACCUAACAAAAACUCUUCACCAGUUUGUUAAGUCAGCCUGUCUCUUGGCUCCAUCGACGAGUCCGUCACUUUCACCGUAUAAAUAUCUCCGCCACUCUCUCUCCCAUCACCACCAACCUCCGUCAAAACGCUAACCUCUCUCUCUCUCUCUCUCUCUCUCUAUCUCUCAAAAAUGGAGUCCGCCGCUCUAUCUCGCAUCGGUCUCGCCGGUCUUGCAGUCAUGGGACAAAACCUCGCUUUAAACAUCGCCGAGAAAGGAUUCCCAAUCUCCGUCUACAAUCGAACCACUUCCAAAGUCGACGAAACCCUAGAUCGUGCCUCCGACGAAGGAAAUCUCCCAGUCGCUGGUCAAUACUCUCCUCGCGAUUUCGUUCUCUCCAUCCAACGGCCUAGAUCCGUUAUCAUCCUUGUCAAAGCCGGUGCUCCCGUUGACCAAACAAUCUCAGCACUCUCCGAAUACAUGGAGCCUGGUGAUUGUAUCAUCGACGGUGGAAAUGAGUGGUAUCAGAACACAGAACGACGAAUCGUUGAAGCUGAGAAGAAAGGAUUGCUUUAUUUAGGUAUGGGAGUCUCCGGUGGUGAAGAAGGUGCUCGUAAUGGUCCUUCGCUUAUGCCUGGUGGAUCUUUCACUGCGUAUAAUAAUGUUAAAGAUAUUCUUGAGAAAGUUGCUGCUCAAGUUGAAGAUGGUCCUUGUGUUACUUACAUUGGAGAAGGUGGAUCUGGGAAUUUUGUGAAAAUGGUUCAUAAUGGGAUUGAAUAUGGUGAUAUGCAGCUGAUUUCCGAGGCGUAUGAUGUGUUGAAGAAUGUUGGUGGAUUGAGUAAUGAUGAAUUGGCUGAGAUCUUCACGGAGUGGAAUCGAGGUGAGCUUGAGAGUUUCCUGGUUGAGAUUACUUCGGAUAUUUUUAGGGUUAAGGAUGAUUAUGGUGAUGGAGAGUUAGUGGAUAAGAUUUUGGAUAAGACUGGUAUGAAAGGUACUGGGAAAUGGACGGUUCAGCAGGCGGCUGAGCUUUCUGUUGCGGCGCCUACUAUUGCUGCGUCGUUGGAUUGUAGAUACUUGAGUGGAUUGAAGGAUGAGAGGGAGAAUGCUGCUAGAGUGUUGGAAGAUGCUGGAUUGAAGGAGGAUAUUGGUUCUGCGUCUCGUGGUGUUGAUAAGAAGAGGUUGAUUGAUGAUGUGAGGCAAGCUUUGUAUGCUUCUAAGAUCUGUAGUUAUGCUCAAGGUAUGAAUUUGCUUAGGGCUAAGAGUUUAGAGAAAGGGUGGGAUUUGAAUUUGGGUGAAAUGGCUAGGAUUUGGAAAGGCGGGUGUAUUAUCAGGGCGGUAUUCUUGGACAGGAUCAAGAAAGCUUAUCAGAGAAACCCGAAUUUGGCAAGCUUAGUGGUUGAUCCUGAUUUUGCUAAAGAGAUGGUUCAGAGGCAAGCUGCGUGGAGGAGAGUGGUGGGACUUGCUAUCUCUGCUGGGAUAAGUACACCAGGAAUGUGCGCAAGUUUAGCGUAUUUCGACACUUACAGGCGUGCGAGAUUACCUGCGAAUCUGGUUCAGGCGCAGAGAGAUCUCUUUGGAGCUCAUACAUAUGAGAGAACCGAUCGUCCUGGUGCGUACCACACUGAAUGGACUAAGCUUGCAAGGAAGAGUCAGUAAAGCGUAGACUCAGUCCCUUGAUUGAGGGCUUUGUUUCAUCAUUUCAUCUUUUGAAAAAGUUUCAUGCUUUAGGCGGCAUAGAACACGAAAACAAAUUGUUUCAGCGUAUUUUUGUUGAGUUAUAAUAAGAAAUGCAAUGCCCUUGACGCUCUGUAUCUGUCUGUUGUUGAUAUCUGGAGAGUUUCCUUUAAUUCUCUGUUCUGCUUUGGUUCAUAUUUUGAAUUUGAA